AUGAACAAGAGGCUAGAACGUCAUGAUGGGUCUCUUCUGGUAGCAGAGAAGCAGGAGACAUUUAUAGAUGACGAUAACGAUGACACGACGACUCUAGGUAUCGCCGUGAAUACACGCAACUACCAGACACUUUUAGAUAAUUUGGCACAACGACGACGCACGAGUUCAGUGGUUAUCAUGUCUCCAAAAUAUCGACGCCAGACUGUCGUCGUUUUUCCACAAGGAAAAAAUACAAAGCCAGAGAGUCCGAGGGAAUAUAUGAUCGACGACGAAGAGGAAGACGACGAAGAAGCACGUGACGAAACUGUUGUGGGUCUGCCCGUUGACACGCGAAAUUAUGAGGCUAUUGUGAGUCGAGAGCUCCCCACGCACUCAGAUCCAGGUAAAUUUAAUGUGAAUUAUCGCCGUGCGACAGUAGAUAUCAUGCCGCAAUCUGUCCCUGAGGAGGAUGUUUUUACGAGCCAUUCGAUCGUCUCAGAGAAUAGCGACGAUGAUGACACCGUCAUGGGGUUUCCUGUCAAUACAGGCAAUUCUGUGUCGUAUCAAGUUGAAGAAUCUGAAUCGGGGCGACGUGACCCAGUACACCGUCAACGAAGAUAUAGCACGUUGGAAAAGGAGCCUCGUGUCAGUGACCCGUAUCGGUCAUCGUCUCAGUGCGGAACGGCUUCGCAAGACUCGUUUACGACUGCACCGAAUAAUAGUAUUCACACUGAUCCUCGUGCUUCCUGUUUUGACAGUCGUCGCGCUUCGAAUGCGGCGUACGUUCCAUACUCAAGUUGGAUCUACAUCCAGCAUGGCAAGCUUAAAGCAUGGAAGCGCUACUUUGCCGUACUUUCAGGGAUGGAAUUUAAGUACAGUAAAGGCGCAGGGCAUUCUCCGAAAGGUUUUGGAUUGUUGACUGCAGUACGCAGGGCGCAUGACAUACGCUACGGGCUUUGGCUUGAGUUAGACGGUGAUACGUCGCUCCUCAUUCGCUGUUCUAAUGUUGAUGAGUUUGAACAGUGGCAGAAUGCAGCGGAAAAGGCUAUUGAACGUCUUAACUCACAAAAUAUGACCUCGUACACUUUAUCGGCGUCGGAACGACAUGAAGGGUAUCUAUUCAAACAGGAGAAGAAUAAGACAUGGAAACGAUGUUUCUUUGUUGUGGGCACCGAUGGGUACAUCGAGUGCCGCGACAGCGAACAGGAUCAACCCGACCGAAAGUGUUCUGGAUACAUCAAGGCUGUGUCAUUUGCCGACUGCCAUGCUAACGGCCUUGCGAUCCAGCUAAGUGCAGGUGUAUCCUUGGUUUGCUAUGCAGACUCGUACGACGAUCAAAUGCUCUGGUAUGGCGCAAUCUCGGCUGCCGCAAACGCGAAUGGUAAAACAGCACAGGCUAAAACGUCGGUGAAGAGCUGCUACGUUGAAACAGCGGUGUCUAAUCACGCAGGGUGGCUUUACAAACAAGGUGGAAUUUUAAAGACCUGGAAGCAUCUGUAUUUUACACUACAUGGUACUGAGCUGGCAUUUGCUAAGGAUACGAAUUCGGAGACUGUGUUAUGUGAUUACGCAGUCUCUGUGGACGAAUGGAGUGGUCAUGCGAAUGGACUGUCGAUUCGACUUAUUAGUGGACGCGUUUGGAAAGUCUACGCUGAAUCAUACGAGACCGCCAAACGAUGGCGGUCGGUUAUUAGAAGUGCGUGUCGGGCCGCCGAAUCAUUCAAUCUUAAAAAAUAUUUGACGAGCCGACGUCGUAAGAAGCUUAAACCUGUGUACGGUGGUUGGCUCACAGAAGUGCGGAAGAAUUUCCACCUUCGUCGGUUUUACGUCAUUGAUGGCACGACACUGGGAGUUGCUAACGAUGUCGACAACCAGCUCAGACCCCUUGGUCAUGUCGUUGAUGUGGGUUCAACGCGUGAUCUUGAGUGUGGCAUGGUGUUUACACUUGCCAAUGGAACCACAGUGAAAGUAAUUUGUGACUCACUGGCAGACUCAAAAUGUUGGUAUGAAUGCUUGAAUUUUUCGCUCAAGUAG